AAACAAGGGACCUCAAUGGGUUCAGCGGUCGCCCCUUCGUUCGCCAAUUUGUUUGUAUAUAAAUUAGAAAAAGCAUUUUUUCUUAGAGAACCUUACUUAGUUUAUAUCAAACACUAUUAUAGGUAUGUGGACGAUAUACUUAUCUUAUGGGAAGGUCCAGCUAACCUAUUUGAAGAAAUGGUGAACGAGGCAAAUAGAUCACAUUCUACUCUCAAAUUUACAAUGGAAUCUUCACAGCAUGAGAUUAAUUUCCUGGACAUUAAUAUUAAAAUUGACGAAAACAAAAUUUAUACUAACCUGUACCGUAAAACAAUGGAUAGGAACAACCUCCUACAUAGGAAAAGUUUCCACAACCCAAAAACCCUUAAUGCUAUCCCCAAAGGGCAGUACAUACGAGCCAGGAAAAUCGCAUCUACUGAAACUGCAUUCAAUCAAGCCUCCAAGGAGCUGACUAAACGAUUUGUAAAUAGAGGAUACCCUGCAGGUCACCUCUCUAAAGUACAGCAAGAGGUCCAGAAACUGACACGUCAGGACCUACUCAGUCCUAAACAACAAAAAACAAGAGACACAGACAGAUUGACCUUUGUUAGUAAAUAUGACAAACGUAGUAGAUCCAUUGAAAAUGUGAUUAAAAGGUACUGGCCAAUACUACAGCAUGAUCCCAAAUAUGGUCCAAUUUUCUCUAUACCACCUCGUUUUGCAUAUAAAAGGGGAAAAACUAUACGCGAUAUACUCUGCCAGAAUACCGCCCCGAAAAACGAGGAUAAAGUGUUUAAAGGUACACCAAAGAUAGGUACCUUUCCUUGCUUGAGCUGUAUUUGCUGUAAUUCUAUUAUAAAAGGUGCACACAUUAAUCAUCCCGCAACAGGCAAAGAAAUUAAACUGUCCACAUAUGCCACUUGUUCAACAAACUAUGUUGUUUACGUGUUAAAAUGUCCAUGUGGGAAGUUAUACGUAGGUAAGACUAUAAGAUCAGUUAAUACCAGAAUCAAAGAGCAUAAAAAUGCAAUUCGCAAUUUUAAAGCAAACACAUAUACAGACACUUCUGUAUCCAGACAUUUUUCUGAGGCAAGGCACAACGUCUGCCAACUAAAGUGGAAAGUAUUGGAAGUUGUUCCUAAAAUGUCCAAAGGGGGCGAUAGAAAUAAUCUGCUACUCCAAAGAGAGUCCCGUUGGAUUAAUCGAUUAGAUAGCACGUACCCCAAAGGAAUGAAUGAACAGCUCAACUUGGCUUGUUUCUUAUAACUUGUUUCUUAUAACUUGUUUAUUAUUGUUUACCUUAGUGCUAAUUCACAAUUUACUUUCUUCACAGAUUAUUCUGACAGCCAGUUAGUGGCCGGUUUAACGGAUCUCCUGCCGUAUAAGCAUUGUGGAUGUUCCUACACCAGUGGUUCAAUUUGGACUUCACUACCACACCUGGACACGAUGAACUCUAACUAUAUUGUUUCACCUGUUGCUUAUGUGAAUACUUAAUUGAUUAAUAGGGUCUGCACCCACAAUGCAACCCUUAAGGUGAAAGGUCAUUGUUUGUUUAAAUGUUCCCUUUUGCACUGUUCAUGCACACUUGAUAAAGGGCCUUGCCCGAAACAUGUAGUGUGCUGUUCACUACCCCAAUAAAGAUACACUUGCAGACUCA